AUGUCCGGUGGUAAAGGUGGUAAAGCUGGUUCUGCUGCUAAAGCUUCUCAAUCUAGAUCGGCCAAAGCCGGUCUAACUUUCCCAGUUGGUAGAGUUCACAGACUUUUGAGAAGAGGUAACUACGCUCAAAGAGUUGGUUCUGGUGCCCCUGUAUACAUGACUGCCGUUUUGGAGUACCUAGCUGCUGAAAUCUUGGAAUUGGCUGGUAACGCUGCCAGAGACAACAAGAAGACCAGAAUCAUUCCUCGUCAUUUGCAGUUGGCCAUCAGAAACGAUGACGAGUUGAACAAGCUUCUCGGAAACGUCACUAUUGCCCAAGGUGGUGUUUUGCCAAACAUUCACCAAAACUUGCUUCCAAAGAAGUCUUCCAAGCCAGACAAGGCUUCUCAAGAGUUGUAA